UCACAAGCACACAUAUCCGAAACAAAUUUUAUGUAAAUAAUAUCAAAUAAAAAUAUAAUAUGUAUGUCAUAUUAAACGCAGAUUAGAUCAUACUUAUAUAUAAAUAUAUUUAAAAAAUAUCGUGACAAUUAUCUUGUAAUAUACCAGAUUGUAUGUGUAAGUAUAUGUAAUAGGAUUUUGAUAAAUUUGACAUUAUAAAAGAAAAAUUCAGUGGAACAAAGAAAACCAAAACAAAAAACAAAAUAAAAUAAACAAGAAGACACCCAAAAUUUUGUGAUUUAAUAUUUAAGUGGAAAAAGAAAAUGCUCAUAUUCAUUGCGGCUCUAUUUAUUGUUCAAGCUUGUUUUGCUGGUACGAUACCAGCAACUCCUGAAAAUAUAACGAUUACUUUUUUAACUCCAACAUCAGUACGUGUAUCCUGGCAAACUAUGUUAGAUAUUCAAACACAUCCUGUUGACAAAUAUGUUGUCACGUAUAAACCAACGGAUGACAGUUACAGGGUUGUUAAACAAGUCGCAGGCAACAGUGAGGCUGUAAUAUUGGAUCGUUUAUCACCAAGUACACAAUAUUCAAUUGGAGUAACAGCUAUUUGGCUAGGAAAAAAAUAUCGAAGUAGACAAAUCGUAUUUAGAACUUUAGAUUCGCCUAAAAUUUUACCACAUCAAGAUUCCGGUAUGCCACCAGGUCAUCAAAUGGGAAUUUAUCAUGAUGACAUGAUAACUGUUGGUAGUAAUUUAACAAAUUCAACAGUUCGCGAACUUCCACCGAUACGUGGUGUUGAAAUUGGUAUAGUUUUAAUAGUUCUUAUGGUUUGGGCUGGUGCCAUAGCAUUAUUUUUUAAUCGUUGGGGAAAAAUUCGUAUGUUGCUUCCAUAUCAACCAGAUUAUAAACAUGAACAAUUAAAAGUUCCUGGAUCAAAUGCGUGUUCUGGAGGUGCAUGUAGCGGACAACAUUCACAUCAGUUUGAAGGAAGCGAUACUGGAACCAUAGUUUCUCCUUCCAAACCUAAAUUAAGUCACUUCCAUUAUCUACAAGAAGAACCAUCAGUUACUAUAGCGGAACGUUGCACUAGAAGUCGUAUAAAUUCAGCAAUUUUUGUAUCAUCAGAAGGUCGUGGCUUUGAUUCAAUUGAAUUUUUACGACGAUACGGUUCACAGAGUGUUUUAUGCCGAAAAGCUAGAAGCGCGGAAAAUAUUAGUAAUGAAAAUCGAACGAAUGAAGAUCCUAAUUCUUCAUGUCAAUUAAAUGAAAUUGAUGACAUCGAGAGAAAUUUCUCAAAUAAACGCCAAUGGCAUACAGAAGAUGGUGCAACAACUAGAACAAAAAAUCAAUCAAUUCAAGGUGAAUCAAUUGAAUUAGCUGAAUGUCAUUCAAUGCCAAUACCACAAAAUCAAAAAAUACAAUUACAAAAUGAAAAUUUUACAUCGACAGCAACUACAACAACUACAUUAAAUAAUAAUAUUAUACCAAUAACAACAAUUCAACCGCCAACAAUAAUAACACCAGGUUCUCAUACAGCUACAGUAACAACAGCAAAUGCAGUCGUAGGUAGUAUAUCAAUUGAAACACCACCACCACAUUUACGUCAACAGCAAAAACAACAACAAUAUAAAGAUUCUCAAGAAUCAAAAAAAUCAAAAUCAAUUGAUGUAGAUUCUGAAACAACAAUUAUUAUACCACCGAGGGAAGCUCCAGUAUUAACGAAACAAACAAAAAAAUUAAUACACCAAAAAUCAACUUCUUCAACACCAAACACUAGUUAUAGCCGAUCACCAUCAGGUUCUCCUAAUCAUAGUCCAAUUUUAAUAAAUUUAAAAAAUCAUAAUACACCGAAAAUUAAUACACAAUUACCAACUCUUUCUGUUUCAGAACCGUCACCACCUCAUGAUACACAGGAAUUUUUGUAACGUUUAGCCUCGGAAACAUUCAUUUAAAUUGAGUAAUUAUUUAAAAGAGAAAAAAAUUAAAUUCGAAUAUAAUAAUAUAAAAAAAAGAACAAUUUAAAAUAAUAACAACAAUAAAAUAACUAAAAAAAAAAACUAAAAAAUAAAAAUUAUUAUUAAUUUUCGAAUUUUAAUAAAUUUUUUUAACAUAUACUCCUUGAAGGAUUUUCUAACUAUUCCUUCAAAAUAAAAAAAAAUGAUAAUGUUAAGGUUAUGGUUUCUAUAUAGGAACUCUGAAUACAAAACCCUAUUUAAACUUUAAACUAAACAUUAAAUUCGGCAUUCUUUCGACUUAGUCUUAUUCCCAGGUACAAUAUUUUAACAAUAUUAAUUAAAAAUUUUGUUUUUUAACCAAUUAAACUAUAUCCUAUAGAUACGGUCAUAUUUAAUAUAAAAAAUAUUAAAUAGUUACUAUCCGAGCACCAUAGGUUCCUUUGUCCAAUUUCAAUAACAUUUCAAUCAUAAGAAAGACAUUAUGAAUAUUGCUUCACAACUAAAAGGUAUCGAUUUCCUUGGGAACAAAUAAAAGAGUGUAUGAAAAAUCAAUCUGUUGACAAUUACAAAAUAAAUUAAAAUUUUAAUCAUUUAAAAGUAAUACGUAAUUACUAACCGCUAACCUGUAAAAUUUCAUAUUUUUUUAAUUAUUUAAACUUUAUAUGUGUACAUAUAAAAUUUAACUAUUUUUUUUUUAACUUUGAACUUUAUCUUAACUUUACUAACAACUCUUAAACUUUACUUUAACAGAGGAUAUUCUUUGAACUCUUAACUUAUG